CGACAUUUCCCACAGUCUGUGAAGGUAGCAGCUGCUCCAUCCAGGACAUCGAUCCAGGAGCAUCCAGUCCAGUAGACAAGGCCGACACUCACAAACACACACUUGGACGUAGUGAGGAUUUAGCAGUCGAUUCCAUGCUACCCUGGAUCCUGGAAAUAUCGUAAACAACAACAGUCAUCAUGGCUGAAGCCCACCAGGCCGUGGCCUUCCAGUUCACGGUCACUCGAGAGGGCAUCGAUCUGCGGCUGUCCCACCAGGCCUUCACUGAGAUCUACCUGUCCGGUGUGCGCUCCUGGAAGAAACGCAUCAUUGGACUCAAGAACAGCGUGGUGACGGGGGUUUACCCUGCCAGUCCUUCCUCCUGGCUGUUUGUCGUCAUAGCGAUUCUGGCUACUAUGUACACACGCUCCGACCCCUCCAUGGGACUCAUAGCCAAGAUACAGGAGAACCUGCCCGUCAGCCAGUCCAUGAGUAACCAGUGCCAGACGUUGGUGUCAGCAUUGCUCUUCAGCACCAUGCUGUGGCUCCUGCUCAUCUUCACCAUGCGCAUGUGCCUCAAGCAGCUGCUCUCCUACCACCGCUGGAUGUUCGAGAAGCACGGCAAGAUGUCCACCACCACCAAAGUCUGGGUGGCGCUGGUGCGGAUCUUCUCUGGCAGGAAGCCGCUGCUCUACAGCUACCAGGGCUCGCUGCCAAACCUUCCUGUGCCGGCCAUCAAGGACACAGUGAAGAGGCACUUGGAAUCGGUGCGUCCUCUGAUGGACGACACAGAGUUUGAACGCAUGACCCAGCUGGCGUCAGAGUUUGAGAGCAAGCUGGGUAACCGGCUGCAGUGGUACCUCAAACUCAAAGCCCUCUGGGCCACCAACUACGUUAGUGACUGGUGGGAGGAAUAUGUCUAUCUACGUGGACGAAGCCCAAUAAUGGUCAACAGUAACUAUUACGGCAUGGACUUCAUGUACGUGACGCCCACGCCCAUCCAGGCGGCUCGGGCCGGCAACAGCCUCCACGCACACUUCCUCUACCGCCGGAAACUCAACAAAGAGGAGCUCAGACCUACCCGCAUACCAGGCACUGUCAUUCCCCUGUGUUCAGCUCAGUGUGAGAGGCUUUUCAACAGCACACGCAUUCCUGGAGAGGAGACCGACACCGUGCAGCAUUGGCAGGACAGUGACUACAUCGCGGUGUACCACAACGGGCGCUACUUCCGGCUCAGGAUGUACCAGGCAGGCCGGCUCCUGUCGCCCCGGGAGAUCGAAACCCAAAUUCAGAGGAUCCUGGAUGACCCCUCAGCUCCUUCAACAGGAGAGGCCAAACUGGGGGCCCUGACCGCUGGAGACAGAAUUCCAUGGGCCGAAGCCAGGAUGAAGUAUUUCAGCAGCGGGGUGAACAAACGCUCUCUGGACUGCAUAGAGAAAGCCGCCUUCUUUGUGUCCCUGGAUGACGAGGAGCAGGGCGUGAUCGCAGACGACCCAGCUAGUUUAGAUGCAUACGCCAAAUCCCUGUUGCAUGGGAAAUGUUAUGACAGGUGGUUUGACAAAUCCUUCACAGUUAUUUUCUACAAGAACGGAAAAAUGGGCGUGAAUGGAGAGCACUCGUGGGCCGAUGCUCCGGUGUUGUCACACUUGUGGCAGCAAACCUUGUCCACUGACUGCUUUCAGCUCGGUUACAAUGCAGAGGGUCACUGCAAAGGAGAGGUGGACUCAUCUCUCCCCCCGCCACAGAAGCUCAGCUGGGAAAUCUCUCCAGAGUGUGAGGAGCAGAUCUCACAGUCUCUGGCUGUGGCCCAGGCCCUCGCUGAUGAUGUUGAUAUUCACGUUUUUGCCUACCAAGAAUUUGGCAAAGGGAGGAUCAAGAAGUGCCGAGUCAGUCCAGACGCCUUCAUCCAGAUGGUUCUGCAGCUGGCCUACUACAGGGACCAGAGGAGAUUCUGUUUGACGUACGAAGCCUCCAUGACCCGUCUGUUUAAGGAGGGCAGGACGGAGACGGUGCGCUCCUGCUCCAACGAGAGCAGUGCCUUUGUCCGAGCGCUUGAGAAUGGAGAGCCGUCGCAUGUGUGCAGGCAUUUGUUCCAGGAAGCGUCAGAAAAGCACCAGAAUCUGUAUCGCCUGGCUAUGACUGGAUCUGGCAUCGACAGACAUCUGUUCUGCCUCUACGUGGUGUCCAAAUACCUCGGAGUGGAGUCUCCCUUCUUGAAAGAGGUGCUGUCCGAGCCCUGGCGGCUGUCCACCAGUCAGUCUCCGAUGCACGUGGAGAUGUUUGAUAUCGUCAACCACCCAGAGUACGUCUCCUGUGGAGGGGGCUUUGGACCGGUGGCUGAUGACGGUUAUGGGGUAUCCUACUCCUUUAUGGGGGAUAACAUAUUGAACUUCCACAUCUCGUGCAAGCACUCGUGUCCAGAAACUGAUGCACAUAAGUUUGGCGAUCAGAUCAGAACAGCGCUGCAGGACCUGCUCCAGCUGCUGAGCCCCAUCCGAACAGAGUGCCACAGGGCGGAGGGGGGGGGGCCCGACGUGAAGAAACACCUGUAGGCGAGACUCAGGGCAAAGGGAA